UGCGUGAAUUGCAGGAGUUUGACAGAAACAGACCGCGACGUCGCGGAGGCAGGGUGUAUGGCCGAGGCUGUGAAGCCCCGCCGGGCCAAGGCCAAGGUCAGCCGCACCAAAGGCAAGGAAAAGAAGAAGCAUGAAGCCCUUCAGACUUGUGAUGCAGUUCCCCUGCCAGAGACCUGUAGAGAGCAGGAAAGCCUGUUUCCAGCUUCUGAACUCAAAGGCGAUGACCUGAAGGCGUCUGCUGACCCUCAGCUCCACAGUGAUGUGUGCGGAUGGAAUGAAAGUGAGAUGUUUGAUAUACCGCUCACCUCCUUGACUAUAGGGGAUGAAGGUCCCCCGAUACAGGACACAGAGGACCUAAAAGAAAGGGGAGAGGUCACAGCCGGUGAUGGAGAUGAUGAAAUGGAGUUGAAGGUGGACCCUGGAGACAACGUUACAGCUAAAGGUGAACCUUGCAAGAACUUCACAGAAGUAGAGGACCACACACCCAUCCAGUGUGGGCCUCCAGAGAGCACUCAGCAGGCAGUGGAGGGCUCACAUGCCAGAGAACAUCCGACUAGGAAGCAAGAUGAAGCCGCGCUUGGCUGUUCAGAGGUCUUUCAGAAUGUUAGCUUGCACAGUUCUUAUGAAGCCAAAGAAGUUCCUCAGCCACCAAGAGUGAAGAAACUAUAUCCUGAGUUGCCAGCUGAAAUUGCUGAAGUACCAGCUCUGGUGGCAGUGAAGCCAUUGCUCCGUAGUGAGCGACUCUACCCAGAACUCCCGUCUCAACCAGAAGUGGCACCCUUCACUAAAGAGCAGCUCAAACUCUUGGAGCCUGGCUCAUGGCUGGAAAAUGUCGCGUCAUAUGUAGAAGAAUUCGAUAGCGUUGCUCAUCAGGACAGACACGAGUUUUAUGAGCUGCUUUUGAAUUACUCACGGUGCAGGAAGCAGUUGCUGUUGGCUGAAGCUGAGCUGCUCACUCUGAUGUCUGACUGCCACAGUGCCAAAAGUCGACUGUGGCACUUUAAGGAUGAGCAGAUGGCCGUACAGGGCAUCUGUGCAGAUCAAGUGAAAGUUUAUGGUCAUCACCACUACCAGAGGGUAGAGAUGAAUGAAAAUGUCCUGGGUGAACUGAAGAAGCUGUUUGAUGCCAAAUGUGAGCACCUCCACCAGACCCUGACCCUCCAUUCGUACACUUCUGUGCUCUCGAGGUUGCAAGUGGAGUCCUACAUCUUCACACUGCUCAAUAGCUCAGCUGCUCUGAGAUCUUUAGCAGUUUAUCAGGCAGACCAAGUCCCUACACUGACAGAAAGCAUCCCCUCUGAUGUGUGCCAGCUGAAGGAGUGCAUUAGUGUCUUGUUCAUGUUCACCAGGAGAGUGAGUGAGGAUGCCCAGUUCCAUGAGGACAUCCUGCUCUGGCUGCAGAAGCUGGUGUCUGUGUUACAAAGAGUCGGCUGUCCUGGGGAUCACUUCUUUCUCCUGAACCACAUUCUCCGCUGCCCAGCUGGCAUUCGGAAGUGGGCUGUUCCUUUUAUACAGAUCAAAGUGUUGAAUAACCCUUCAGGGGUCUUUCAUUUUAUGCAGUCCCUUGCCCUGCUGAUGUCUCCUGUCAAAAACCGAGCGGAGUUUAUGUGCCACAUGAAGCCCAGUGAGUGGAAGCCAUCAUCUUCAGGACCAGCAUCUGGGAACUGGACACUUGUAGAUGAAGCCGGAGAAGAGGAUGAAGACCCUGAGACCAGUUGGAUUCUCCUUAAUGAAGACGACCUGGUCACCCUUUUGUCCCAGUUUCCCUUUCAGGAGCUCUUUCAGCAUCUUCUUGGGUUUAAAGCAAAAGGUGAUUAUUUACCUGAAACAACAAGGCCCCAAGAGAUGAUGAAAAUUUUUGCUUUUGCAAACUCAUUAGUGGAGCUUCUGGCUGUGGGACUAGACACCUUUAACAGAGCCCGCUACAGGCAGUUUGUGAAGCGCAUUGGAUACUUGAUCAGGAUGACCCUUGGCUACGUCAGUGACCACUGGGCUCAGUAUGUGAGCCACAGCACAGGCGCAGGGCUAACACCGCAGCCCUACUCCAUGGAGAAACUGCAGGUGGAGUUUGAUGAGCUGUUUCUCAGGGCUGUCCUCCAUGUCCUGAAAGCCAAAAGACUCGGCAUUUGGCUGUUCAUGUCUGAGAUGCCCUUCGGCACGCUGUCGGUCCAGAUGCUCUGGAAGCUCUUGUACCUCAUGCAUCAGGUGGAGAGUGAGGACCUGCAGCGACUCUGUGCCUCCCUACAGCCGGCCGAGUGCAAGAGGCACCUCCAAGGUGCAGAGGCCGCCAGGGACAGCCUGAGAGCGGUUCCUAUGGUAAGCUGCAAAGAGGGCUUCAUUCUCUGCAGACGCUUUCAGGAAAUUAUCAAAGACCCGUUCUCAAUUCACCAGGCCGUAGUCACAACUGACAAAGUGAAACUAACUAUUGCCAUAAGGAUAAACAGUGAAGAGCCCGGAGGACUUGAAGCUCAGGUAUCUUAUGUCACACUGUCUACUAGAGAGACUUUCUCAAAGGUUGGUCGAGAGCUUUUGGGAGCCAUUGCAGCUGUUCACCCUGAGAUUAUCUCUGUCCUUUUGGACAGAGUGCAGGAGACCAUUGACCAGGUCGGAAUGGUUUCUUUAUACUUGUUUAAAGAACUGCCUUUGUAUCUUUGGCGACCUUCUGCCCCAGAGAUAGCUGUGAUUCGGGACUGGUUAUUGAAUUAUAAUCUGACAGCAGUGAAGAACAAGUUGGCCUGUGUGAUCCUCGAAGGAUUGAAUUGGGGAUUUACUGAACAGGGUACCCUUCAUUUGGAUCAAGCAUUGCACACUGAAGUGGCCUUACUGGUUCUCGAGGCUUAUCAGAAAUACCUGGCACAGAAACCUUAUACUGGGCUUAUUUCUGAAAGUAUGAAACAGGUUUCCUAUUUGGCCAGUAUUGUUCGAUAUGGAGAGACUCCUGAGACCUCAUUUAACCAGUGGGCCUGGAAUUUGAUCUUGAGGUUAAAAUUGCACAAAAAUGAUUUUGGAAGACAGAACUUUCCAGUCGUUCCCUUCUGCAGCACAGUACCAGACAUGACAGAAUCGUCCAUGUUUCACCCUCUCUUGAAGGCUGUGAAAUCAGGCUUGCCCAUUGGCUGCUAUCUUGCUUUAGCUGUGACAGCUAUUGGCCACAGCCUUGAGAAGUUCUGUGCAGAAGGCAUCCCACUGCUGGGCGUGCUGGUCCAGUCACGGCAUCUGAGAGCAGUGGUCCAUGCCCUAGAUAAGAUCCUGCCUGUGUUCUACCCUUACCAGUGCUACCUUCUGAAGAACGAGCAGUUUUUGUCGAACCUUCUCCUCUUCCUACAAUUGGACAGCGGUGUUCCCCAGGGGGUCACACAGCAGGUUACCCACAGGGUGGCCCAGCAUCUGACAGGAGCCGUCCAUGGAGACAAUGUGAAGCUUCUCAGCAGCAUGAUCCAGGCACACAUAUGUGUAAGCACUCAGCCGGAUGAAGUAGGUCCUGUGGCUGUGUUGGAGUUCUGGGUCCAGGCUCUCAUAAGCCAGCAUCUAUGGUACCGAGAACAGCCCAUUCUCUUCCUCAUGGACCACUUGUGUAAGACAGCGUUUCACCUGAUGCAGGAAGAUUGUGUGCAAAAAUUGCUCUACCAACAGCACAAGAAUGCUUUGGGUUACCACUGUGACCGGAGUCUGCUCUCUUCCUUGGUGAACUGGAUUGUGGCAGGGAACAUCACGCCUUCCUUCGUGGAGGGCUUGUCCACGUCCACACAGGUUUGGUUUGCAUGGACUGUGUUGAACAUGGAAUCCAUCUUUGAAGAGGACUCUCAGCUCCGAAGAGUUGUUGAAAGGGAAUUGGUUAUAAAUUCGUUUAGCCCUGACCAAGCUCUAAAGAAAGCCCAGGUCCAGCUGAAGUUGCCCAUCGUCCCGUCCCUGCAGCGGCUGUUGAUUUAUCGCUGGGCCCACCAGGCUCUGGUCACACCUUCUGAUCAUCCUCUUCUGCCACUCAUUUGGCAGAAGUUCUUCCUCCUGUAUCUUCAUCGCCCAGGACCACAAUAUGGGUUACCUGUGGAUGGUUGUAUUGGAAGAAGGUUUUUUCAAAGUCCCUCGCACGUUAAUUUGUUGAAAGACAUGAAGAGACGCCUGACGGAGGUGGCUGACUUCCACUAUGCUGCCAGCAAGGCCCUCCGUGUUCCAGCAGAGGGCAGUGAAGGGACACCAGAGCGGCAGGCUGGCACCCCUGGCUUCCUGACUUCCCCAGAACUGCACAGGGAACUAGUGAGGCUCUUCAAUGUGUAUGCAUUAUGGCUGGAAGAUGAAAAUUUUCAGAAAGGAGAUACCUAUAUUCCUUCUUUACCAAAGCAUUACGAUGUUCACAGGCUAGCAAAAGUGAUGCAGAAUCAGCAGGAUCUGUGGAUGGAGUAUGUGAAUAUGGAACGCAUACACCAUGAGUUCCAGGAGACAGUUGCUCUGUGGACACAGGCCAAGCUUGAGUCCCAUGCCACACCCUGCAGCUCUGCAGCACAGCUGGAUUUCACGGACCCCUUGCUGGCUAAAGCAAGGGUUCUGAGUAACUUAGAGAAGCACGAGGCUCCGCAUCCUCCCCUUCUUCUGCAUCCCGUGAGGCCUCCUGUGCCACUCAUUCCCUCUGCUGUGCUGUUGACGCAGAAGGACAGCACCCAGCUCAUGUGCACAGACCUGAAUCUGCUGCAGCAGCAGGCCAGGAGUGCCACUCUGCGGGAGUCGCAGCAGGUUGCCUUGGAUGGCGAGCUGUUGGAGACCAUGCCCAAACAGUAUGUUAACCGGGAAGAGCAGGCCACCCUGCAUCUGGAGUGCAGAGGCAGCAGUGGCAAGAAGUGCCAAGGAGCAGCAGUUGUAACGGUCCAGUUUGAAGGCAUGAACAAGAAUGAAGCCGUAAGCCAGCAGAUCCAUGUUCUGCAGAAAGAAGUGCGGCAGCUCCAAGCAGAAGCUGCUCAGCCCCCGGCACUGAAUGUUGUGGAGGCUGCUGUGCAUGCAGAAAACCUGAUCACGGCCUUAGUGAACACUUAUAAGUUACAGCCUACACCUGGAGUUCAGAAACUUGGCAUUAGCCUUUUCUUUACUGUUGUGGACCAUGUCAGCGAUGAGACCCAGCGCCAUCCUCCUACAAGGCAGUUCUUCACUUCAUGCAUCGAGAUCUUGGGACAGGUGUUUAUUAGCGGCACUAAGUCCGAGUGCAGGAAGCUGCUUCAGACCAUCCUGAAGAACAGGCGGCUCUGCUCGCUGCUGUCUCCUUUCUUCACGCCCAAUGCUGCACCCACCGAGUUCAUCCAGCUGUAUGAGAGAGUGGUGACUUGUCUGCGAGAGGACAACAGCGACGUGAUCUUCAUGCUUCUCACCAAGUUCGAUAUUCAGCAGUGGUUAAACAGCACUAAGCCGCCUCUGUCUGACCGCACCAGGCUCCUGGAGUCCAUUCACUUGGCACUCACUGCCUGGGGCCUUGAACCAGAGGAAGAUAUUCUGAUGCCAUUUAAUCUUUUCUGCAAGCACUGGACUCAUCUCCUCCUCUACCAGUUCCCUGACCAGUACAGUGACGUCCUCAGGCUGCUGGUGCAGAGCUCUGCAGAGCAGCUGCUGAGUCCCGAGUGCUGGAAAGCCACUUUGAGAGCCCUGGGCUGCUAUGCCCCAAGCAGCCAGCAGGGAGCGGCGUCUGUGGAGAGCUCUGGGCUUCACAGUGCCUCUGGUGUUCUCCUGUCAGACAAGCAGGUAACAGAGACGGUACAGUGGCUCUCUGACUUCUUUUAUAAGUUGCGGCUCUCCAAGUUGGACUUUAAAAGCUUUGGAUUAUUCUCAAAGUGGAGUCCUUACAUGGCUGAUGUGAAGACAUUUCUGGGAUACCUUGUGAAAAGGCUGACUGACUUAGAAAUAGCCUCCUUGUCCCAGGACCCAACUGCCAGCAGCAAAGAAGUGCUGAGGUCCCUGCACGCGCAGAUCAUCCAACUCUUUAAGCCCUGGAUCCUGGUUUUAGAGGACUCGGAAAGUAGCCACCAGCGACAUUACCCGUGGUUGGAGAGUGACACUGCGGUGGCCUCCAGCAUCGUGCAGCUCUUUUCUGACUGUGUCGGCUCAUUGCACACGAGUUUUAAAGACAGGCUGUUGCCAGGCGAUGAGGGAGCCCUGCGGUUGCACCUGCUGCACUACUGUGAAACAUGCACAGCACCCAAGAUGCCGGAGUUCAUUCUCUAUGCCUUCCACAGUGCAUACCAGAGACUGGAGUGGAAGGACCUGCACCCUGACCAGAGGCUCAUGGAGGCCUUCUUCAAGGUGGAACGUGGAAGCCCCAAGAGUUGUUUCUUGUUUUUGGGGUCUGUACUUUGCAGAGUCAACUGGGUUAGUGUGCUGUCUGACGCCUGGAAUCCCAGCCCCCUUCCCGAAACCCAGAGCAUGGCUGUCUGCCUCCUUUUCAUGAUGGUUUUACUAGCAAAGGAGGCUCAGCUCGUUGAUGAGACAGAUUCACCUUUACUGAGUCUCCUUGGACAGACAAGCUCACUCUCAUGGCAUCUUGUGGACCUUGUGUCAUACCAGAGUGUGCUGGGUUAUUUCAGCAGUCAUUACCCACCGUCCGUCGUCCUGGCAAAUGAUUGUGCCUCGGAACUGAUAGUUAAGCUGCUAAAAGUGUCUGCAGGGCUUUCUGUUCAUGCUGACGGCCGGAAGCCUGUGGACAUAGUUCCAAAAUGUCAGGCUUUCACCCAUCAGAUGGUUCAGUUUCUCAGUGCCUUGGAACAGACUGGAAAAAUCACCUUCCCAGCACUGGAGCAGGAAAUAUCUAAGCUGUUGGAUGAUAUCAUUAUCUUUAACCCACCCGACAUGGACAGCCAGGCCCGCCACAUGGCCCUCAGCAGCUUCUUUGUGGAAGUCCUGAUGAUGAUGAACAAUGCGGCUGUUCCAACAGCGGAGUUCCUUGCUGUCAGUAUUCGGACCUGGAUUGGCCAAAGAGUGCAUGGCUUGAUAGUGCUGCCCCUCUUAACAGCAGCCUGCCAAAGCCUGGCGUCCGUCCGCCACAUGGCGGAGACCACAGAAGCCUGCAUCAUGGCGUACUUCAAGGAAAGCUCCCUCGAUCAGAAUUUAGGAUGGGGCCCCAUUCUGGUGUCCCUUCAAGUUCCCGAGCUCACCAUGCAAGAGUUUCUGGAGGAGUGCUUAGCCCUUGGUAGUUGUCUGACUCUCUAUGUCUACCUGCUUCAGUGUCUGAACAGUGAGCAGACGGUGAAGAACGAGAUGAAAAUGCUCCUCGUCGUCAGCAGCUGGCUGGAGCAGGUGUACCCGAGCUCUGCACAGGAAGAGGCAAAGCUGUUUCUGUGGUGGCAUCAAAUCCUGCAGCUGUCUCUGAUUCAGUUGGAGCAGAACGACUCCGUCCUGACGGAGUCCGUCAUCCGGAUCCUGCUCAUGCUGCAGAGCAGGCAGAGCCUUAUGGCCGAGGAGAGGCUCAGCUCUGGGAUUCUGGGGGCCAUCGGAUUGGGCCGGAGAUCACCCUUGUCCAACAGGUUCCGAGUGGUUGCUCGAAGCAUGGCUGCCUUCCUGUUAGUUCAGGUCCCUGCAGAAGACCAGAUUCGUCUGAAGCCCAGCUCUGAGUUACAUCUGGCUCCAAAAGCCCAGCAGGUGCUGACAGCUCUGGAGUCCAUGACGCUCAGUAAGCAGUAUGUGGAGUACCAGGACCAGAUACUGCACGCUCUCCAGUUUAUAAGGCACCCUGGCCACUGCCUUCAGAACGGGAAAAGCUUCCUGGCCCUUCUUGUCAACCGCCUCUAUCCCGAAGUGCAUUACCUGGACAACAUCCGGUAGUGAGGCCGAGGCCCUCGGAGCACCGUGUUGGCCUGAGUUUACAUUAGCCGUGCUGUUGUGCAUGUGUCUUUCCUCAGUUUCCCACAGAGCUCAGGUCUGCCUGGAAUCGACUGAGGUGCAGCUGGGAGGCAUCAGCUCGUCCUGGGUGCACUUGCCUCUUCUGUCCAGCGGCCAUCUUAGUGCGAAUGAUCUUCCACAAGUGCAACUACGUUCCCGAGUACAGAGCACUCACAUUUGGGGAUUUGCCUGUCAGCACCCUAAGAGCAACAGACAGAGUUUUUGGUAUGUCUACACCUCUGUCUCCCUGCCUUGUUUAAAGGUCAAGACUCCUAAUGCCAGAUCUGACCACUUUGGGAGGUGUGAAGAGCCCUCUUUUGGAACUCCAUUGUAUUCUUCCGAUGUAAAAAUUCUGUAUUUCUGGAAUGUUGGGAAACACACCAGCUUUAAAGUGUUAUGUUACAGCUCUUUGAGUGGAGAGAAUACACUGGAUUAAUUCAGGAGUGGUAGCUGUGCAGUGGUGGUGCAUGCCUUUAAUCCCAGCACUCGGGAGGCAGAGGCAGGCAGAUUUCUGAGUUUGA